CUUCUGAAAACAUAUUCAGCUGAUAGUCCACUGGAGGUCACUGUAGAUGUGGGCAAGUGCUCUAACCCAAGAACUCCAGGUGGCUUGGGAUGUGUACCCACCAAAUUUGAAUCAGUUGUGUUUGAGAAUCCAAAUGCAUUAGAGCUUUUUCAAACUGUGGAAUUGUGUGAAGUGACAGAGAACCGUUACAGACUGCCCCAUGUGGAGUAUUACUAUGUGAUCACCAUUAAUUCCAGCAGUGAGAAGGAAGAGAGCCUCAAGGAAAUUGAGGUUGGCAGAUGUUUGGGAGUGUGUACUGCAGGAAGUGGCUGUCACUUCAGGUGA